GGGGGCGGAGCCGGCGGGGGUUUCUCCCGGGCUGGGCUGACGGCUGCGGUUGGGAACUUGGAUUUCGUACGUGAGCGGCGGGCGCGCGGCGGCCGUUUGGCCGGCAGAUCAAGAAGAUAUCGCGCUGUUAUCCAGUUGUCAUAAUUGGAUCGUGUUCUACAAGUCUUCAAGACUUUUAGUGGUGUUAAAGAUGAAGAGAAGACCUACUAGUAGAUCACAAAGCAAACUGAAUCAGGCGACAGCUGAGACUGUAUUCACCAAAUAAACUUAGCUGUCAAAUGUGUUUGGGAGUGUUUCAUGAGCAGUGGGAGACAGAGGCUCUUUAGGAAUCAAGGCCUGGUGGUGGUCAUCUGAAUUGUUUAAGCUGUGACAAUGACAACUGAAGUUGGCUCAGAGACAGAAGUAAAGAAAGAUUCUGAGCAGGUGGGACAAGACAAAGCCAAGGGCAAGCCUGAAGAAGCCUCAGAAACUCCAGGAAAUGAUAAGUCCAGGAAAGCAUCCUCUGAAGAGACUCAAGAUUCUCCUGUCCCAGCACCAACCAGCCCUAGUAGCCCAAGUAGCCAGAAGAAGGAAAAAGAUUCAUCUGAAAGCAAGGGUAUUUCUCGUUUCCUUCCUCCCUGGCUUAAAAAACAAAAAUCCUAUACCUUGGCAGAACCCAAAGAUGAGGCUAAGAAAAGAGCAACAGGGGAAGAACAAAUAGCUGAAGAAGGUGAAAGCCAUCCAUCCGAGGGGGUGGCUCAGCCAAAAAGGAGCUUAGAAACAGUGGCUGAAAAUAAUGCUAAAGGAGAUGACAAAGAAGAAAAACACUCUGUUAGUAGUGCAGAAACACAGCCUGCCAAAGAAGAUGGUAAAGAAAUUGAAGUAGAAAAGGUUACAGAAGAAAAAGAAGAAAAGGAAAAAAGGGAGACAAAAGAAGUGCAGACAGCUGAAAGUAUUCCUCAGAAGCCUCCUAAGAAAAUUAAAACUGUGCAGUGUAAGGUGGUGCUCCUGGAUGGCACAGAAUACAGCUGUGAUCUAGAGAAAAGAGCAAAAGGACAAAUUCUAUUUGACAAAGUGUGUGAGCAUCUCAAUUUACUGGAAAAGGACUAUUUUGGGCUGUUGUUUUAUGAGAAUUCAGAUCAGAAGAACUGGCUAGAUUCUUCAAAGGAAAUUAAGAGACAAAUUCGAAGUUUACCUUGGCUGUUCACUUUUAAUGUGAAAUUUUAUCCUCCUGACCCUUCUCAAUUGACUGAAGACAUCACUAGAUAUUUCUUGUGCCUACAGCUUCGCCAAGAUAUUGCCUCUGGUCGCCUGCCAUGUUCUUUUGUGACUCACACCCUCCUGGGUUCAUAUACCCUGCAGGCUGAAAUGGGUGAUCAUGACCCAGAGGAGCAUCGUAGUGACUACAUCAGUGAAUUUCAAUUUGCACCCAAUCAAACUCAAGAAAUGGAGGAGAAAGUAGCUGAAUUACACAAAACACACAGGGGCCUGACUCCAGCACAGGCAGAUUCCCAGUUCCUAGAAAAUGCGAAGAGGCUCUCAAUGUAUGGAGUGGAUUUGCAUCAUGCCAAGGAUUCUGAAGGCGUGGAUAUCAUGCUGGGUGUAUGUGCUAAUGGACUGCUCAUUUACAAAGACAGACUGCGAAUCAACCGCUUUGCUUGGCCAAAAAUUCUGAAGAUUUCCUACAAGAGAAGUAAUUUCUACAUAAAAGUCAGGCCAGCGGAACUGGAACAGUUUGAGAGCACUAUUGGAUUCAAACUGCCAAACCAUCGGGCCGCUAAGAGGUUAUGGAAGGUUUGUGUGGAGCACCAUACUUUCUUCAGACUUUUAUCACCAGAACAGCCUCCAAAAUCAAAAUUUCUAACCUUGGGUUCCAAGUUCCGCUACAGCGGACGUACGCAAGCACAGACACGGCAGGCUAGCAACCUCAUAGACAGACCGGCUCCUUACUUUGAGCGCUCUUCAAGCAAACGUGUUUCCAGAAGCCUUGAUGGUGCUCCCAUGAGUAUCUCAGACCAAAGUCUGCUAAGAGACUUCCAUACUACAAGAGGGCAGCCUGGAGGAGACAAAAUCAUUGACCUUGAAGCUGCUGGACAAGCCAAGUUGAAAGAAGGUGGCAUAGAAGAUGAUGGAAGCCCACUCAAAACUCCACAAUUAGAGUUGAUUCAGGAUGGAAAGAGCAAUUCGUUGAGAGUAGACGGGGAAAAUAUUUAUGUCAGACAUAGCAAUUUAAUGUUGGAGGACCUGGAUAAGACUCAGGACGACUUACUGAAACACCAGGCUAGCAUUAGUGAGCUCAAGCGCAAUUUCAUGGAAUCCACACCUGAACCACGCCCCAAUGAGUGGGAAAAGCGGCGUAUCACACCUCUGUCCCUACAGACACAAGGGAAAAAAGGAGACCAUAUUUUCCAAGUGAAAACGCUGCCUGGGAAGGAGAAGCAAUGGACUGCAAUGCCAUCAAUUGCUGGAACAAAACCAGAGGAAACUGAUAGGAAACAUGCUUCCAGAGCAGAAGGAUCUUGCACUGAAGUCAGCAAUGCUGAUAAGAGUUCACAUGAGACUCUGGACAUAGUGGAGGAGAAGAAGCAGGCAGAGGUUGGGAUAGAAGAAACACUAGUCAUAGACGAAACCAACAAAGGGAAAAUACAAGUUGCCACUGAUGCUGGGGAAACAUGUAAGGUGGAGCACUUGACAAAAAAGGACUCUUCUUCUUUGCCAUCAGAUAGUAGUAGCAGCAGUAGUAGUGAGAGUGAGGAUGAAGAGGUGGGAGAAUACCAGCCACAUCACAGGGCUGUUGAGGAAGUCAUCAGAGAAGAACAGGAAGAAGAGGAAGAUGUGAAAAGGAAAGAACAUGAAGAAAAAAUACAGCAUGUGGAAGCCACUCCAGAAGGCAGUCAGCUAACUGUACCAGCUGAGCACACGCAAGUUGCAGCUGAAGAUUUGGUUCAGGAAAAUACAACUACCAUACCUGCAGAGGAGAAGAAUUUGUCAGAGGAAAUUAAGCAAGAUCUAUAUGAAGAAAAGGAGGAGGAACAGCUCAAACUCAAUGGAGAUGUGUCUCAUGUUGACAUUGAUGUUUCACCACAAAUAAUUUGUUGUUCUGAGCCUCCUGUAGUGAAAACAGAGAUGGUAACCAUUUCAGAUGCCACACAGAGAACUGAAAUCUCCACAAAAGAAGUUCCAAUUGUUCAAACAGAAACUAAAACCAUCACAUACGAAUCUCCACAGUUUGACGGUAGUGCUGCUGGCAGUGCUGGUGUGCUGCUGAGUGCACAGACAAUUACAUCAGAGUCAAUUUCUACUACCACAACUACACACAUCACAAAGAUGGUUAAAGGUGGUGUAUCAGAAACAAGAAUUGAGAAACGAAUUGUCAUUACUGGAGAUGCAGAUAUUGACCAUGAUGAGGCUCUGGCACAGGCAAUCAAAGAAGCCAAAGAACAGCACCCUGACAUGUCUGUCACAAGAGUAGUGGUGCACAAAGAAACUGAACUUGCUGAGGAAGAUGAAGACUAAAAUCUAAAAUGCCCUCAAGCAAAUAUUUCAG